GUUUCCAUUGAUUGAGGUGUAAUGAAUGUUCAAAACAAACCAAUUAACCUGGUAAUUAGUUAAUUAACGCGUUAGUUUGCUGUUCCCACUUAUAAUGGCACCAACAACAGGAAUCAUAAUAUGUCAGUCAUGAUUAUGCAACGAAUCAUCUUUUAGGAGUGUGCUCUUUGGAAAUAAAUAUUUAUUUAUCAUUUUUGACAGACACCGAUUCGAAUCAAAUUCAAGUUACUCUGUCGUACUCCAAAAACUAUAUGCUGACAAAAAGAUGAAAAUCUGAGAUAAAAAUUGUUAAAUAUUAUGUUUGACAUGAUAUAUUUGACUCAAAUUAUGGCUGAAAUAAUGUUAAACCAGGAACAAGUUGAUCCAGUUUAAAAUGAUGACAAGCAGAGGCUAUAAACGUAAUCCGGUUCCCUUGGAACUUCCUGUUAAUGUGCGAAGUCUACAGUCUAAGCCUGAUGAUCAUCCCAAGCCAUUAUUACACAGUGUUCAUCACCAUAGUUACAGUUCAAACAGCACGCCAUUACACAGUGGUAGAUCUUCCCCAACACCAUCAGAUAAUACUCUAACUGCUGGACGGGGUGGUUACACGGGUAAUUCAACAGAGAGAAGUAUUUAUAGUCUGGGCUCAGCUUCCUCUUUAGAUGAUAUCGAUCGCCAAGCAUCAUCAAAAGUAACAGAAAAUUUUGAUUAUAUCCAGUCGGUGCUAUUUAAAGAUGAGAAUGAAGAUGAUUGGUCAAGAUCGAAAAGUUCACCAGUUACCAAAGGAACACAGUUUAAUACACAGAGAGAGUGCCAGGAAUGGGCGUCACAAUUUCCACAUAUCAGGAUAUUGGGGUCACAAAUCGAAGGCCCGGAUUUACAGUUACAUCAGACUAAGGAACUUGGUUUUCAGUGUAUUGAACGAGAAGAUUCUCCUACCUCCAUGCACCUCGAUAUCUAUGAUGUUCAUGACCCUGACAACAAUGACAACAUCGAUUCCCAUGUAACCAAUUUUGAUGAAUUAAUCCGUGGAAAUGGAAUUUUACCAAAACAUCCUCCUACUGAAGCCACUGCUUUUACUAACAUGGACGCCGACACAGAUAAUGGGUUUGAAUUUUUACGGGAAGAAAUAUUUGCUCAAGAUGGUCUGUAUGAAGAAAUUAUUGCCAUAGAUAGAGCUGAAGAUAAUGUUGAGCCUAAAGUGAAGAUGCUGCCCCCUUCAAGGCGUGUUGGUUAUCCCCCCAUAACACCCAAUGCCUGCAUCACCAACAGCGUUAUGAGUCGACUUUUUGACGAUUUAUGGAAAAUUGUAAUUGAGUGGAUUUGGCCAGUAAUUCAAAAGGAAUAUCCAUUUGUAACUGAUGAUGUGAUGCAGCAAAAUUUAGACGCAAAUCCCUCGUCACCAAAUCAUAAUAACCAAUCUCCUGCCUCCAGACAACCCUCGUUUAUUGUUAAUAAGCCAAUCCUGGGAGGUCGAGCGGUAACACAUGUUGGUAGUAUGUUUGACUCUCAAAAAUCGUUUGAGGGAAUUUUACAGAUCUCUAGUAUGCCUAUGUAUGCCAGGGAUUCUUUAGAUAGUGCAGCCAUAGUGGACAAGAGACCAGGAUCUAGCAUUGUAACACGUCAACGACCAAUGAGUCGUAACUUCUCAAAUCCUAGAUCCAUGGUUAAACGUAAUCAACAGUUACCUCCCCUCUAUAGUAGUGAUCGAACUAAGGAAGAAGAAUCGUCAAUGGAUGCGUUACAUGUUCAUGUGAGAAAAUUAGUACCUCAUAAUACUGGUGAGAGUAUUUCUCCGCCACCAUCAUCGGCCAUGUAUCAACGUAAUAAUGCUCUACCUCCACUUCACAUGGAGAAAAGUAAAACGUACUAUAAUCGUGCUAGUAGUGCUAUACAUGUAGAUAAUAAAGAUGGAAGAAAUAAUUUCUACACCAAUCGUGCUAAUUUACAUGUUGAAAGACCAAGUACCACCAACGAGAUGAGGUCUGAUAAUUUAUCGAUAGCAAAUUUACGUCGAUCUUCAACUCCCCUUGGUCAGAAUAGAUCUCAUUUAAUAGGUAAUAAAAUGUUUAUAAAUGGAAGUGGUUUACAGCCGUCCAGUGAUUAUCCACAUCUACAGCCCGAUAUAUUGGAGGAUCACGAGGGUUCCAUAGAGGAGGGGAUACAACAUAAUAAUCAUUGGCCCACAAGUAAUUUAUCAAACAACAAUCGAAUACGUCGACAGCGGCCAAGAUAUUUAGUAGAUGCCAAAUGAUUAUACCAACGUUGAUCCUGAGUAAAAUAACGUACCAUAUCAACAUGUGAUCUUUUACGUAAACAUACAGUUUCGCCUCAAAAUGCAUUUGAACAUAAAAAAUGAGAAUGUAAUAUCUGACGACUUCUGUACGAUCAAAGAUCUAUGGAAAAUGAUAGUGAAAUUGUAUUUGAUUUUCUGUAAAGGGGACGGGGAUAACCCAAAUUACUAUAAUUAGAAUCUUGUUACUAAAUAUAGCUUAGGAAAUCCCUGAGACAUUGCCAUAAACGAUUAAUAGGUUAGUUAAACUCAGGAACAAAAUUCUGCAGUUGGGGUGUGGAAAAUUUGUGCUUAGCAUAAAUUCAUAAAUCAGGAUGUCUGGAAAAUUUAGACUAUGAUUCCAAUAAAAGCAGUGAUUAUCCAGUACUGUUGUUAUCUGUCUCAGACAACUGUGCUGAAAUAAAAUGUGAUAUGACUAAAUGAAUAGCCUAUAAUUGACAUAAUGCUUGUAUAACGCAAGAUGAAGGUUUGAGACUCAUUUAGAAUCGAUUUGUAAGACUUGUGUAACUAAAUAUAGAUUGAUACUCUGUGAACCAGGAAAAAAAACUGGAGCUAUUGGACAUCAACACAUCCAUAUGUUUUUGUGAAAACUUUUUAUGCUAAACCACAGAAAAGUCUGUUGAUUGUGAGUGUAAACAAAGUGUGAGUUGAUACAUUUUUAUGGAAUCAACGGAACGGAAACUCGGAGAUUCAGAUCUCCUCAUUGCUGUGAUGGUUGUAGUCUUGUAGAAACAAUGAAUAGAGCAUUCAGACAUUGAAAGUUGAGUGAAUGCCAUGUUUUUGUUUUGAUUUCAGGAUUUUGCUCCUUCCUUUUUCUCGAGUUCUGGAAUCAUGGAUUUUACAUGAAUUUUGUUACGAGUAAAAUACUAAAAUUUGGUGCAAACGACAUUGAACAAGUGCUACGUUUUGAUUGACUUUUUCUGAAUUUUACGACAUUAGGGUAUUAGAAAUACGUUGAUAUUGUCAAGAUUAUUCUCUCCAUGUCUUUUAAUUGGUCGAGAUCAGUUAUCUAGAUUACUUUUAUUAAAGGACAUUGGUGAACUUGAUAUACUGCACCAGUUACUCAGAUCACAUGACCAGAUCAACCAAUUACAAGAGAAACAUAGGUUAAAGUGAAAUAAAAUAAAUAUCGCAUAAGUCGGAUCUCUAAGUGGACUGGCCAAUUUUAUCCAAGUUAAGCAAAGAUCCGAGUUAGCCGAAGACCGAAAUUCAGUCUUUGCUUGAUUAGAAAUAAACUGCAAGAGCCGGAUAAUAAUUGAUUCAAAGGCACAUUUCAAACUUUUGUUCGUGUGUGCGAGUAGAUAACUUCCGUUUUUGUCGCCAUCUUUGAAAAAUGUCCUAAAUUUUCCCGGAAAGUGUCUCGUACAGCAGACAGCGAGUUUCAAAUUUUCCAGGAAAAUUCUAUUAUUGCGUCGCGUCAAAUCGGCUGAUUGGAGUCAAAAUGAUAGGGGAAAGUAUUUUGGGGCUCUGUGCAUGGAAUACCUAACCGCGUUUUAGACCAUCGGUACGAAACUGGCUUAGUCAAUUUCUGAACAUACUGCCGAUCCGACUUAAGCAAAGGACAAAGCCGGAAUUAGAUCAAAUGGACCGAACAUUUUGAUCCGAGUUGAACAAAGCUCCGUGCAGAAAUUUAAUAAGAAAAACAUGCAGGAUCAAAGGGUCCAAACGAUUUGAUUGAAGAUCCGGCUUAUAUCCAUCCGACUUAUGCAAGGUUUACUGUAUUGGUUGAAUUAUUAUUCUGGUUAUAUUUGACCUCAAGGAGCCAUUUUGCUCCAUUAUUUAUAAUUCAGGUUACCUGGAUUCCAGCCUCCUCGAGCUAAGUCUCGGUUGUUAUAUUCAGGUUUUUCCAUUCUUGCCUAUUAAAUAGUAUAUAAUGUUAUAAUUAUUUCAAUUAUAAAAAUAUCGUCAUUAGGAAUGUAAACACAUUCUGUGUACAUAGGUUGUUUUUUUUUUUAAAUGCCCACAUUUUAUAUGGGAGUUCAGGCUCGUCAUUCUAUCUGUCCAACGAUCUUGUUAAAGUUACAAUUUCAUAUUUUUAAGUUAUAUUUUUAAAAUGUAUUAAAAUAAAGCCCUAAAAUAGAUGGUAUCUAUAAACAGUCCUGAGAAAUUGGCAAAAAUAUCAUUUUCAACUUCAAAUUCAAACGUUUGAAGAUAGCUAUUCCAUGGUGGGGGAAUAGGAAAACAGGGGAGGUAAUUGGGAGGUAAUUAUGUGAUUAUUUCCGGUGUGAAGAUUUGUAAAUGUGAGAAAGAUAACCUAUGAUUGUAUAAUAGUGAGUUGACAACCUAUUGAUCAAAAGACAUAGAAAUAAUUAUGUUUUGACUUUUCUUAGAAAAUAUGAAAUUGUAACUUUAAUGUAAAAACUUGCUGGGAUUGUUCAGUUUAGGGGUUGUGUGGCCGAAUGGUUUAAUGCGUGUGCAUUAGAUCAUAAGGUCCGUCAUUAAGUUAAAUAGGCGUGGUUUCGAUUCCCUGCUUGUACAUGACAUGGAGCAAGGUCGUCUGUUCAACUUUAGGAUUUUCCCCUGGUUUCCUCUUUAACUGAAAUAAAAUUGAAUCAUAUGUUAGUGCCAAAAUGACCUAGUUUGUGUGAAGUGGACAUUAAACCCCAUUUCUCUCUCUCUUUAACAUAAAUAAGAAUGACUUUUACUUCUCAAAAAAAAAAAAACUGCUGGUGGGUGUAGAUAAGUUACCUGGUAUUUCUAUUCCUAAUGAACAGGAAAAACAAUCUUAUCUAAUUAUAUAUAAACUCACAUUAAAACAGUUACUAAAUGAUUUGUCCAGUCAAAUCUUGUGCAAAAACAGACUUAUUAGCUACAAUUAAAGUCCCGGAAUACCAGAAUAAAGGUUAAAUUAUAGGCGUUUUUAUCAACUACUGAUUAGUCAGUCAUUUGUAUUCAAUCAAUUUUUCAUCUUUAAUGUCCCAUGUAAUUCAAAUUGAUUACCCUAAUCAACAAAUUUAUCGACACCGAUUUCUGAAGCGAUUACCACAAAUCACCUUUAGUUGCGAUUUGAUCUCGUGGUCACAUAUUUUUUUCUGCUAUGUCCAGCCACAGGAAUGUUUACAGCUAUUCGGCGUAUUUAACGAAGAUACUUUGAAAUCAACUAUAUCGCCACAUGAAAUCUCAACUAAAAACAAAUCAAUUUGGCAAGUCGAUAAAAACGCCUGUAGUAGAGUUAAAGACUGUACACAAAUCAAACUUUUUGGGGGUCCAAUUAUUAUUGAAAUUUAUCAAUUUCUAACAUAAUAUCUGGCCAUUUUUAAUUUACAUUAACCUUUCAACUUUACAUCUGUGGAGCUCAAUGAAGUAUUGGCCUUAUUUGGGGGAAAUAUUCAAUUUAUU